AUGGGUCUCGCCGAGCUCGAGGCCUUGAAGAGGGAGGCGGAUGAGGCCCUGCAUUCGCUGAAUGAGGCCAAGGUGGUGGUAGCCAAGCUGCUAGAAGCGCACGACACCUACCGAGGACCCAGCCGGAACCUUCUGCUGCAAGCCCGGGUGGAGCUCACAAAGCUCAAGUCGCGGACAUCGGCCGCGGAGAGGAAUUGCCAGAGCGCCACGGAAGCUUUGCGAGUGGCGCAUGCGCAGGUGGUCAAAACCACUCUCUUCCAGGCCAAGAAUGGCUUGAGGACCGCAUUUCGAAAGCAAGGCACUCCGCGCGAUGCCGCCUUUGAAAGUGCCGUGAAGGGAGACGCCGAGCAGCUUUCCCUGCCUGAGUUCCAAGCAUAUGCCUCCAGUUUGACAGCUGACCUGACCCAGGAGCAGGUCGCGCUCUUGUACCGAGAGUUCGGUGGGAAAGUGGGCAUGACCCGGCCGGCCUUUUUCAAGGCCGUCCAG